CAUUGAAAUUCAAUGUCUUGCGACGCGGAGACACCGAUGACCAUCCGCCUAGUUGUACUUUUGAGGACACUUUACAUUUGUGCAAAUGUUUAACUUUUUCUCAGGCACGGGACGUUAAAAAGUGCCAUGUGAAAUCAUGUCGACAAACCAAGGCAUGCAGAAUGCACUGACACAAUGUAACACACGCUGAGCAGUCAGCGAUUCACACUUGAUCAGGAUCGUGCAAGUCCUUCAAGAAGGCAGAUAUAUGUUGGGUAAAGGGGCAAAGCGGAAACUAGACGAGGAUGAAGACGGGUUGGAAGGCAAAGCGUUGGCGGCAGGAGCCGGAGUGACCCCCGAUGGGCUCUCCAAGGUCUCCUACACCCUACAGCGGCAGACCAUCUUCAACAUGUCCCUGAUGAAGCUGUACAACCACCGUGCACUCACCGAGCCCAGCCUGGAGAAACGUGUACUCAUCAACAACAUGCUGAGGCGCAUCCAAGAUGAACUAAAGCAGGAGGGUAACCUGCGACCGCUAUUCUUUACCCCUUCUCCUCCUCCUGACGACCCCGUGGAUGAAGGUUUCCGUGAGCCGCAACCUGCUUUCAGCGUCCUGUCAAUGGUGGCUACGCCGUCGUCCACACAAUCGCCGGCACCGUCCUCUCCGGUCCUCACGCCCCCUUCGCCAGACCUGUCAAACCAGACUCCCCUAGAAGUCUGUCUAACACCUGCCUCGCUUUUAGAAGAGGACAGUGUGACGCUUUGCACAUCUCCAUCUCCACUAGCUCCCUCUCCUCCUCAGCCAAGCCUGCCAAGACUUCCUUCCCCAGCAGCAAGAGACAGUUUCUCUUCAGCCUUGGAUGAGAUCGAGGAACUCUGUCCACCUCCCUUACCUUCAGCUACGACAGCGCCCGGUGCUACCAGUCCCCCUAUCCUCACAGUUGCCCUCCACAUGCCGAUGUUGCCCACAACUUUAAACUCAGGGGCCUUAGACUCCAAAGACUGCAGUAAGCCCUGUAGCCCAAAGUUUGAAGGGCCGGUCACGCUGCCUGAAGAGCGCUCGACGAUCCCCAGUCCACCCGAGACACUUCCUCCUAACAGCCUGGACAUGAGCACCUCGCUCUCUUCCUCAUCCUCGGGCUUUCUAACAGACCUGGCCCUGGACGACAUACUGUUUGCAGAUAUAGACACCUCCAUGUACGACUUUGACCCUUGCACCUCUUCCUCAGGUGCCGCUUCUUCUAAACUGGCGCCCAUGGUGACGGCGGACGAACUUCUCAAGAGUUUUUCACCCUAUAGUGGUUCACCUCCUGCGGUCACAUCAAACCAGCCUUUCAAAAUGGACCUCACUGAACUGGACCAUAUUAUGGAGGUGCUUGUGGGAUCGUGAGCGAAUUGGAGGAAAUGCAAAACCAAUCAAAGAUUUUUUUAAAUACUGAGAAAGAAACUGAAGAAUCCCUUUGUGUUUUUGUACAGGUUUUUUGUUUUUAAUGACAAGGAAAUUGUCGGUUUUAAUGGUGAUGUUGCCCAGUACUAUUUCUCAACACUGUGCAUGCACUGUGCUUGCCUUUUCUAAAACUGAACAUGAAGUAAUCUAUGGAACACACUUUGGCUUCUGGCAGAUCUUAGUGCCUUCAUUUACGACCACUUGGUAAAAUCUUUUUCAUACUUUCUAAACUAGACAGAUUGUCAGAAGGACUUGCAUUUCCAUUUUCCCUUUUCAGAAUAACAGGUGCAAAAAUGUGCAGCCGCAGGCCUAUUUAUGUUCUUUCAUUUUCACACAAUGAUUUAAAAAAAAAAGGAACUUAUCUUGUGUUCAUAUUUGUCAGAGCUAUUUAACGCCUAAUGACAUUUUAGUAAUAUUUAAGUGGUCUGGUAAUUUGUGGUCAUUCAUUCAUGUUUUUAGUCUGCUUCUAUUUUAAUGUCCCUCUACUUUCCUCGAGUGAAACGUAUACAAUGCUUUUCCGUUACCGGGUUGUUCACAUGAAUGUCUGGAGUGGUCAGAUAUUUAUUUACAGUCAACCAAACCUUUUGCGAUCUGCCUCGCGUGUUUACAUCGUACCUGGCAAUAAGUGAAAUUUUUUUUUCUGAUGCACAUGAUACAUUUCUUUAAGCUGGAAAUUAUCAAGCCAAUGCUAAAACCCCUUUAUGCUUCAAAAUAAUGUAUGCAAUCGAUCAGCAAUGAGCAAACUGUCAACUCAGUCAGUCACUCAUUUCCUUGUUAUGUGAGUCAAAGCAUCACUAUGACUUCCCUUUUUUGGCUUUAGUUGAGGCAUUAUAUCAUUACUCUGAAACAGUGGCUUUUUCUGGAAUAGUGCUACACUAAAGCUCAGCGAGAGGGUCUGUGCAUGUCUGUUCAUGCAGAAAAAGAAAAAAACUCCAGACGCGCAAGUCCGUGGUUGCUAUUUUCUCCAUCCAUCAUCUUCUGUUUGCCAAACGUUUCCUUCGUAUGCCUUUCACCAGUGCAACGGUACAUUGCUGUUAACAUAUUAAUGCAUGCAGGAUUAUAGCUCAUAAUUGUACAGAUGUAUGAUUGUGUAUGGUUUGGUCUUAUUUUAUCUUAUUUAUACUAUUGUUGGAGUUUAAAUUAAUAUUAUUUGUCGGAUUCUCUCUCUGUUGUCCUGCUGGGUUUUCUGUUAGUAUUGUUAGGCCAGUAGAAAUGGUCACAUUUAGGUGGAGCUCAGUGUUCACAAACUGCAUUUGUUCAUUAGCAGUAAGCUAGCUUUUUUUUGAAGGCAUUAGAGAUGGUUUCAGAUGGUCCCACAAUUGUUAAAGAGUGUUCUGCAUUUAUGUGCAAUAGAAAGAAACCACUGAAUUCAGUCAGGUUGGUUGUAAUCCUCGAUUACUUUUUUGUGCGCUUCACGUGUUUGUGUCAAAAGGAGAGAGGGACCAUUUAUCAUAUCAGUUUUGCAAAGCUGCACUGCACUAAUGCUUAUUAAAACAUUGGAUAUGCAUACUGAAACAAUUCAAGUUAAUGCCUAAUAUGUUUUCAGUACAUGUGUAAUUCAUUCAGGUGUGACUAUUAAAGAUCUGACAUUUGAGCUUCAGGUCAGGGAGGCUUUUGUUAAGGAAUCAGUUUGGAUUUGUUACAACCCAGAGUUCAAAAGAGAGAUCGUCUGAGAACGUUAAACAUACGAGAGCUGAGCGGACAAUACUAUGGAAUCAAAACUAUGAUUAAUAUAACUUGGAUUUGGAGUGAUCGAUUUUAUUUUAAGUUAUUUAUUUUUUGCUUCCUGUGUAAAUAUAUUUAUUUUAAUGUUAACCUAACAUGCAGAUUGUAAUUUGUACAGAAUUUGAGAUAGGAAUGUAUUAUGCUUGCGGGAAUGUAUCACUGCUUAUUAAUUUGGGGUGGAAGCCAUUUUUUCAUCUUGUUUUAAUAAUGCAUUCUUUUGUGUCUGUUUAGUUUCUUGUAUUAUAAUUUGGGGUGGUGUUUGUGCUCAUCUCUAGGUCAACACUCAUUGCCCCUAUUUAAUUAUGAGUAUUUAAUGUUUUAUGUAUUUCAGAGCGCGUGCAAGGGAAAGGUUUGUGAAGCAAUACUUUAUUCUCUACAAACUUCAGAAUUUCAAUCUUCCAAAGCCUAUUUCUGGGAAAAUCUUUUGAUAAGCCUCAAUGCCAAAUGUAUAAAGAAAGCAGCAUGAAUUCUGAUGUUGGUGGUUGUGUAUCUCACUGUCUUCAUUCGGUAUUUCAAUCUUCGUCCAGUGGUUCGUGCCACACAUCUGUGAAAGUCCAAGAGAGGUGGUUUCAGGAUAGUGACCACUGGGAGUGUGUGUGUGUGUGUGCGUGCGUGCGUGCGUGAGAGAGACAAAAUGUGUGUUGUGAGUGGUCUGCUCAUUAAGAGAGGCUGUUUCUUCAGGCCUUGGACUGUGCCUUUUUCUAUGCAAUAUUACAUAUUCAUUUUGAGAAAAAUAACCCAUCAACUGAUGAUCACUGUAUUUGCAUCAAAAUAUGGACUGUAGAAUAUAUAUAAAAUAUGGACACGUGUCUAUAAAUUUGAAACAGUCUUACUUUUCUAGUUUUAUAUCAUACAAUAAACAGAUUUGAAAAAAA